CACCAGGAGCACCGCAGCUCCGUUUUACCUGCCGUGUCUGUCACAGCACAGGUGCUGCUGCUGACCUUUACUCUAAAAGUGACUUUUAAAAAGAAUCUCACGCUUUUGCUGACACCGGCUCGGCAAAUUCCCCCGCACAUUUUUAGGAUGCCUGGCUGCGCCGGCCUAAAAGGGGAGAGCUUCCUGAACCGGCUGGAAUAGGAUGUCAACAAAUGACGCAGCAGAAGCGGAGCUCAGAGUUGUAGGAGGGGAGACAGCGGCGAUUCAGCGCGGGACAGCACCUCCGAGGAGCACAACCAGCGCACGGCAACACCAGCGAGACACAUUUGAUGGAAGAUUCCUGCGUGACCUUCAUCAGGGUGACACAAGUCCAGCUGAACAAGAUCAGUGUGCCAUCAGACAUGAAGAAACACACAAACCGCUAAUUUCAGAAGCAGAUGGGGUUAGGAAAGACGCAGCAUCACAUGAAGAGCUUUUGGAUGUGCAUAUCCAGAGCUCUGUCGGGCCCAGUUUCACCUCCUGCUUUUCCUUAAGACUGUCCAGAUCAAAGUUACAGCUUCAGGAGAAUUCAGAUGCCAGGUCGGGUCAGCAGACCAGUUCCACUGUUGCACAAGUGAAAGAGACAAAAGUUGCUAUCUCUGAGGGUAAUGGACUGAGGUCAUCACCGCCUGGCACGUCUGCAGAGCUGACCAGGAUCUGUCCCGUAACAGGGAAAACUCCUUUUCCAGUGAAGAGUGCGGCACAUAUCAUUCCAGAUGCUGUUAAUAACAAUUUGGGGAAUGCCACAGACUUCAGUUCUAUUGAAGGUCUGCCAAAUGGUGACUUUGGAUCUCAUGGUGGUUCACGCACUUCUCCAUGUGAAUUGCAAGAAAGAUCUUGCUCUGUAAGUGGAACUGAGAAAGAACAAAAUCAGCGAGAUUGUACAGUCUUCAAUAAGCAUCAUCUUUGGAAGGUUUCUGACUGUACUGCCAUGUUGUCUUCCACUGUGGUAACAGUUCUUGCUCCUCACUGGAGUGGAAGAGUGCGGCGACCCAAAAAAUUUGACGGAACUCUGAGUUCAGAAACUGUGGGGAAUUCGCAGGACUAUCCAUACAGUGAGCAUAUUUUGAACCGGGGUGGUGAAAGUCCCUUGAAUGCUAGAUCACAUGUGCCAAGAACAGUCCCAUCAAUGGGAAUUAGGAGGACUACAGUAGACUGGUCAUCUAAAAGUGAUCCAUCAAGCUUCAACUUGGGAUUUAAAAGGGAAAUGAGUCACUCUGUGUCUUUGGAUCCUGGUGCUAUAAGCUCUUCCAGCACCACUCCAUCAACCAGAGUGCCAUACUUCUUUGACCCAAAUAUACCAAUGAGGAAUCCCCAAACUGGCCAACAAGAAGCACUUUCAUCUGCAAGCUCUAAACUGGCAAACAGCAGUUUGCCUCUGUCAUUGAGAAAAUCAAAUUCCAACGACAGAAGCUCCAACAAAACCUCUGCCUUCCCUGUGGUUAACCUUUCACGUGUAAAAGGUUUUCCAAAUGAUCAAAACCAAAACAUGCUGACAAAGCAACACUCUCAACAGAACACAAAUGAGGAAGACAGACAGAAAUCCCUUUUUAUUCCAUCGUCUAGUUCUUAUAGGACUAAUGAAACUGGACCUGUCCUUUCCCCAAGGUCUUUCAGUCAGAAAGUUGUACACAAGGCAGAGGAUCCUGCCUUUACCCAACAACCCAAUGCAGUAAAUAAGAAUCUAACCACUGUUGCACCAUUCAGUCACUCACUUCAGACAAAAGGACUUUCAGCAAUUCAACAAAACUCCACAGUUUUGGAAAAAAAAUCAGAAUCCUGUUUGGACAAUUCCAUCUCCCCUUUAUCCAGCCAGUCCUUAUAUGGUCACACUACCAUUACAAAAACUCAUUCUCUUCCCAGACGACCCACUCUGACAUCCACCUCUUGGUGGAAACAAGUUUCUCAAGAAGGAAAUUAUCUCGCCGUUGAUAAAACAACCAAAGAACAGUCAAAAACAGCUGUGGUUCCUCCAUUUAAUCAUAAUGACCAAAUGGUCUAUUUAAAUCUGAAUGACAACAAGCAACUGGAUAAUCAUAUCUCAAGUAACAACAACCCAACAGAGUUGCUACUCAAAGAUGAUGUGAUCUCUGCUGUGAAGACAUUGUCAACUGACACAAGGAGACCGGACAAACAGGAGUGUGCGUCAGUUGUGAACAAAGAACCACAUAAAUCUUACAGCAUGCCAGAUGUAUUGAGCUGUAGAAUAAGCAGACCAACUGUGCCACUGAUGCCAAAGAACACUAAAGAUUUCCCGAAGCUUGAAGUAAGUAAUAGUUCCUUUAAAGCAAAUGUGAUUAAAAUUCCACCGACAUUGAUGACCCCCAAGUGGUCUGAUACCAUGCCAGAAACCAAUCCCAGACACAAAACUGGUGAUUGUCUGUCCAACACCUCAACUCUACAGUCUCCAAACAUGGACUCACAAAAGUUUGCCAAGUCUUAUGGUUUCCCCACUACUGUUAAUAGCCAAGUUGCUGCUUCUAAGGCUUCCUCUCCAAACAGAAAAAUAUGUUCUUUCCAUUUGUACACAGUUGAGACUCCUGCCCAACCCUCUUCACCACAAGCACCCAAAGUUACAAGCAAUCCCACUCCUAUUGGAUUUGAACGAAGUUAUGCUCGCAUCCCCAAACUUUAUUCUUCUAAAAAUCCAUCCAGCUAUACUCCGACAUUCAGCUUUCCCUCAAAAAUGAAUGGUAGCUCUGUAUCUGUCAGUUCCAUCACAUUGUACAGUGUUCCCAAAUCUCCUUCUUUCUCUCAUGCAGCCACAUCACCCACUUCUACCACAUCCACUUUACUGACUCCACCUUUAACCCCAGUCAUUCUAAGCCCCAACUCAGAAGCCUCCAUCUCCAAGGGAGAAAGUGUUUCUUGCAAAAUCCGAGAACAAGAACCUAAGAAAUCAACUGCAGAGAUGGGGGGUAAAAGAGUGAGACGAGUAACAUGGGGGGACCCAGUGGAUGUACACUCUUUAGAUUCUGAAAAUAUGCUAAAUCCAAAGCUACCAUCUCACUCAAUGUCAAAUCAAACCCUUUUUCCAUUUGCUCAAUCAGCUGAUUCAGAAAAAGAAUCAUCUCCUGUCAUUUCUCCCAGCUCUAAAAUGUCCAGCAUACAGGAUAAAGUUGGGGGAAAGUAUCGUUCUCUAUCAUCUGAUUGUGCUGACUUGGCAGCCAGUGGCAAAUACAGAUGUGGAGACUCUGUGACCUUUGAGCAGGAAAGACAAGAUUUAAAGACUUAUAGGCAAGAACGGACACUGUCGGCAGAGUCAGGCAUAACUCAGAGUCAACUUUCCUCUUCUUCCCAAUCUUAUGACUUUUCAAAUGGUUAUAACCUUCGUUACAGUACCACACCUUACUCCACUCUCAUGUCUAGCAGACAGGUACAGGAAGAAAUAAGACCCAAAGCCAAACGCAACCGAUUCCCACUUUUUUCUCCACCUACUCAUUCAAAUUUUAUGCAACAACAUGCAUUAGAACAUGAGCACUCUACAACAACAAAAAUGUCUAACCGCCCCAUGUCACCCGUAAGGCCAAGUCUGCCUCUCUCCUUACCCCCCCAAAACUUAACUACCUUGAAAGAAAGCUCAACAAGUAGACUGUCAAAUAUUGAUCAUAUCAACAACAACCAUAGCAAAGACAACACUCAAGACUCGAGACCACACAGCCAGUUACAACUCCUGGACAACAGAGUUCACAUCACCUUACAUUCAGCACCAGGUGAUGAAGCUGACGGCACCUCUUCAACAUGUGUAACUGAGACAUUGGUUUAUAAGGUUAAGCCCAAAGUCGAUAAAGAUGGAGCUGUCCCAAGAAACGCCAAACCCAAACCUUUGAACUACACACAAAAUACAGGAGUUUAUGUGGAGCCCAGAUUUAGUAAACAGACCCAGACAGUCCAGUGUGAAGAAGUAGUUGAUCAAUCAAGUAAUUUGUUUCACAGCUCAAAAGCUAGUCAAACGCCUGUUAGUGAAUGUAGCCAUCAAAAUGUGAAGGACAGCACGUUUGGUAAAAGCAUUUCUAUGGAAGUCAACAAUGAGCAGAGCCCUAGAAAAACCCACUCGGGCAUGAAAAAAAGUCUCACUUUACCAAACCCUAACUCAUCAAAUUCAGAGUCAGAGAGGACCAGCAAAAAUUCAAACAAAGUAGAUCAGAUGUUAAACAAACUGAAGCAAAGAUUCAGUUCUAAACGGUCUGAUGAGGAUUUAUCCUUUCCAUGGAAAUGGAGGCGAGCCUCUCAAACCCUUUCUGUCAGUGGAUUAAGUGAUGUGAGCGCUGUCAGUGACAACAGUACCGACAGUACUAAAACACUUGAGGAGCAGGUCCAGCAAACAGAGAUGGUACCUAACAGUACAGAGGCCACAAGUAAGAAGUCACAAAAAAGAUUUGCUUCACUUGUCCCAAAUGAUAGAAAAUCAGCUGGAGGCCAGUUUGCCAUUCAGUCAGAAAAAUCUUCUAUUGAAAAUGAACAUAACUUUAGCACAGAGCAAACUUCUAAACCUAAAGUUCAUUUGACAGUCCAAAAUCCAGAAAAUAUCCAGUCUGACUCAGACCUUAGUGCUGGUAUGGCCUCCAUAACCACUGCUGCUUCUCAGUGUGGCAAGUCAACUCCCAGUCCCAGAAGCCCCAGGAGUCCUUUCUCCCCCUUUACAACUCUUACUCCUCUCUCACCAUUUUCCCCAUCUGAUGUAAUGGAUGACAAUGUCUUUUACAGCCCAAAAUUGCAACGUCACAGGGAGUCAACUUGUGAACCAGGGGAAGGAAUGAGCUUAGGUCCAAGGAGACGGGCUUCCACUGGCCCUCCAAGAAAUUCAGUCCUGGACAGCAGCCUUUUGACUUCUUCUUAUGCAGACCUGAAAUACGGGAUUGAGCCCGGAAGAAGCUUUUCUGUUAGCUCAGUUCUUUCCAAUCGUCCCUCAAAGUCUGAAAGGAAUUCUACUCGUUCCAGGUUUAUGAGUGUGGGAGAUCUUUCUCAGUCUGGGUUGUCUUGUGGAACUAGUGGCACAGGCUUGGAUCAGGGACCUUCAACUCCAAACUGGACUGAAGAAUUGGGUACAAAGCAUUACCGUCAGAUGUCAAAGUUUUACAGUGAUCCAGACAAAAUGCGAUCUAGGUCCCUGCCUAGAUCUUGGACCCAAUGUUUAUCAAGCUGUAACAUGGCAGCACCUUCUUCUCAACCCGCUACCACCUCGAAACUAGCUCGCCUUCGGGGUCCUAGCAUUAACACAUGUCAUUUUGCAUGGGAUACAGAGGGUCCCCCUACUCCUCCUCCAACCCCUCCCCUCUCACCAGUCUCCAAAUGCAUGUCCAAAGCUUUCAACCUUCCUUCUCCUACAUUACCUUGCACAUCUGGAGUCCUGCAGCAGCCAGAUGGCCAACCUUCUAGAGUAAAUUUGCCCUCCAAAGGUUACAUGGCAAGCCUGGGCACUUUUGACGAAUCCUCUGACAGCAGCUCCGACACCACAACAGAUGAUGAAUAUUACUUAGAACCAGAUGAUGAUGGAGAGAAGGAGACAGAGCUGUGAUAGAAGAAGACUUUAUGCUCAAAUAAGCGAUGGCAUGGCAUGAAAGAUGGUAUUAAUUUUUGUCAGUAAUUACCUCUGUCCUUUUAUUUUGUCUUGGUUAAGUAAAAUAUCUAAAUUAAUAACUGGAAAUUUUGGUUACUGUUUAAUUAUGCUCUUACUUUCCUUAUAGUCCUACUGUAGUAAAAAGCAUGAUAUAAGCUCAGCAAGAUUCUUGGUUGGACGGGCUUAUGUAUGUACACUGUACUUGUGUAUGAUUGUAUUUGUGCUUUUUAUAAUUGACAAAUUAGGUUUGGUUGCAUGGCACUAUGCAAAAGAGGUAUUAAGAUUUAAUUUGUUGGAAUAUAACAGGGCAAGAUUUGAUCCAGGUUUUCCGGAUCCUACAGUAGCAUAAAUGGCACAAGUGUCAUCACUUUUAGACUCUGCUGAUUUGAUGCUAAGAUUGCUGGGUGUAAAACUUUUUUUAAAUCGUUUUAAGGUUGUUUUUUUAGGUAUCUAAUAUGACUGCAUCAUAUUUUAGUUCUGAAAAUAAUGCAGACCUUAUGAAUAGUUAAAUCGAGGAUAAACUUGUGAGAAACAUCUGAAGAACAUUCAGAACAAUCUGGUCAAAAUUGUUGGUUACUGCAGAGUUCUCCUUAGUCUACUCAUGUUUGUGUUCCCAGACAAACAAACACUCCCACUGUAUCACUACCAGAACACCGAACUCAUUUAAGUUUUGAAAGACAAUUUGUUUUGAAUUUGGAUGCAACCCAGUUGAUUCAAUAUCAAUUUGUGUCCAUUUUUGUUGGAUGCAUUUGUUGAAAACUAGAUAGUGUGCACCUCUUACCAGUUGUUAAGCACAGUAGUGGAGUGCUGAUGAUUUGGGAUAGGGAUUUUAUUUAUUUAAAGCUACACAAUAUAAAAAACUUGGAUUAAGUUAUUUUAGAUAUUCUAGAUUCAAAGUAUUUUGUUUAAAAAAACAGUCACAUCUGACUGGGAGUUUAACAAUAACUGUAUCUAGCAGCUCAACAGGGUGUUGCCCUUUUCAAACUCCAGACCUGACUUGAGGUCAGUCUACAGCACUUCGGUGAACUUUGAUGGAAAAAGUUCACACAGAUUGACCUAGGGCUUGAACAGAGAAGUGGAUCAUAGUUCUCCAAAAUCAUGCGAGAGAUAAAUAAACAAAAAUAUUUUUUCAAGAGGUGUUUUUGAAAAAUAAAAUCAAAACUUUUUUUUUACAUCUGCUUAGUUGUCUAUUUUAUUUAAAGAUUGUUAAUGAUAUUUUUAUUUGUUUAAUUUAAAGACCUAGUGAGGACAAGAUGUUAAGCUCUGAUGUAUUUAACUUCAGAAAUUAAAGAGGGUGUACUUCUUUGCCCACAUGUAUGUACAUAUAAAUAUUAAUAUAUGUGUAGUUAUUUUGAAAAGCAAAGAUUUGUUCAACUCAACCCCCGUCACCUUUAGGUUUGUUUUUUCUGCCAUUUCAGAAUCUGUCUCCAAAUAUUGCAUAGCCACUCAAAUAUUUUCUAAACUCCUUCUUUGGAAUAUUGUUGUAGAAAUUGUACAUUGGGAUGAAAUGACAACAUAAUUAAAUAUUUGCUAAAAUAUAAAAUGCUGGUGCCUAAUCUUAUGUGUAGAGAUGAUCUCAAAUCUUAAUAUAUCUGUUUUAUAAUAAAAGUGAUGUUUCUAAUGAC